AUGCAGGCAGAGAGGGAAGCUUCCAAGAUUGUCCAAAAAGCCCGCGAGUUUCGUACGAAGCGGGUGAAGGAAGCCCGAGACGAGGCCAAGAAGGAAAUCGAGGCGUACCGCAACUCUAAGGAGGAUGAGUUCAAGAAGUUCGAAUCUGAGCACUCCCAAGGAAACAAAGCCGCCGAGGACGAGGCGAACAAGGAGGCCGAAGUAAAGAUCAAGGAGAUCCAGGGGGCCGGAAAGAAGAGCCAGGACAAGGUCGUGACUGACCUCCUGAAGGCCGUUUUCGAGGUCAAGCCCGUCGCACCGACUGCCGCAUGA